AUGGGCAACACUCCAGGAAUCCCGCGAAAAGAGAGUCUUUACUACGACAAUGGUGAAAAAGAGUUUUAUAGGACUGACUGGAUGUCAAGAAUAAGUGGUGAUACCAGUAUUGCUGCACUGUCCAUACCAGGUACUCAUCAGACGAUGGCUAGACACGGGGGUAUAGCUUACCAGUGUCAAAGUCGAAGCCUACGAGCCCAAUUAAAUGCUGGUAUAAGGUGGUUAGACAUUGGGUGUAGGCACUAUGAGAACGAUCUCCCAUUACACCAUGGAAUGGUUUACCAAUAUGCAAAUUUGGAUGACGUGUUCUGGACCUGUAUCAGUUUUUUAAAAGACAACAGCAGUGAAACGAUAAUAUUGAGAAUCAAGGAAGAACAUAAACCAAGACAAAAUUCAAGGUCAAUGGACGAAUCUGUGCAGUUAUACAUCGAUAAACAUGACCGAGCGAAAGAUUUCUGGAAUGAAGUUGACACUAUGCCGACAUUGAAGGAAGCUCGUGGGAAAAUUGUAGUUCUUUGUAGUUACGGAGAAGCAACGUUUGGAAUCAAGUACGAUCUCCUUAACGUCGCAGAUAAAUAUGACGUAAAAUUUUAUAAAGUACGCGAAAAAGUGGACAAUGUUAUCGCUCAUCUAGACGAAGCCAAAAGAGGAAAUAUUUCCACGAUGUAUGUGACGUACUGCAGUGGUUCGGGGGGUAUAAUCCCAUAUGAUUGCGCGGAAAAGGUUAAUGAAAAAGUUUACAACCAUAUUAGCAGUGCUAAAAAAAUAGAUGGGGAAUCAUAG